UUCUUUAUUAUUCCAGACGUUGCAAGCCACAACAGCAACAGCCAGCAACGAGUAAUAUAUCUCCAAGGCAUGGCGUCUGUUUCCUCUCUGCAUCCUCUCUAUCGCCCCCUUGGCUAUUGCUGCUCGGUCAAGAGCAAAGGACUCCAUGUAUGCAGAAAGCAACGCAUUAUUUUCUGCAACAACUCCCGCCAAGAAUAUCCAUCUAAUAUCAAUUCUAGCUUUCAAAUUCGACUAGAAGAAGAUGCUGGGACUAGAAGAAGACAGAUUAUGUUGCAGAUGGGUUUUGCGGCGAUCUCAUUCCCGGCUAUUACCUCCGCUGCAUUGGCGGAGAAUGAUGUGCCGGCGGAUUUCCGUGUAUAUACUGAUGAUGUGAACAAAUUCAAGAUAUCAAUUCCCCAAGAUUGGCAAGUUGGCACAGGAGAACCUAAUGGAUUCAAAUCAAUAAUAGCUUUCUACCCAGAAGAAACAUCGACUUCAAAUGUGAGUGUCACAAUCACGGGGCUUGGUCCGGAUUUUACAAGGAUGGAAUCCUUUGGUAAUGUGGAAGCUUUUGCGGAGACUCUGGUUAGUGGAUUGGAUAGAAGCUGGCAGAGGCCUCCAGGUGUUGCUGCAAAACUCAUAGAUUGUAAAGCUUCCAAAGGAUUCUACUACAUCGAGUAUACACUGCAAAAUCCGGGGGAAAGCCAGAGACAUUUGCUCUCAGCACUUGGAAUGGCAUCAAAUGGUUGGUAUAACAGACUGUACACGGUGACAGGACAGUUUGUGGAAGAAGAAUCAGAGAAAUACAGCUCCAAAAUUGAGAAGGCUGUUGCAUCCUUCCGAUUUGUCUGAAGAAAUAGUCAUUGAUGGUGUGGGAAAGAUCUUCCACUUGCAUUCAGGCGUUUCUUGUCUGUUGUUAUUGUUUUACUUACGUUGUUUGCUCAAUUACAAGGACAUGUAAAGUCGGGUUUAAAUUGAAGCUGAGCCAUAAUAACUUGUUAGCUUA